GGCGUGACCUAUGGCGAGGUCGCGAGAAGACCAGUGACCAGUGCUGAAAUCUGUUGACCAGAGAGGUUCUGCACGGAUCAUUGACAAAAUGAGUCAGCGCACUGAACGAAGGGGGAUCCAUGUGGAUCAAUCAGAAUUGCUGUGCAAGAAGGGCUGCGGUUACUUUGGGAAUGCGGCGUGGCAGGGUCUGUGCUCCAAGUGCUGGAGAGAGGAGUACCAGAAAGCUCGGCAGAGGCAGAUCCAGGAGGACUGGGCCCUGGCUGAAAAGCUCCAGAGGGAAGAGGAGGCAGCGUAUGUCAGCACUCACGGCUCCUCUCAAACCCAGCCUCCGCAUUCUCACUCCCAGCCCUCUCUCGCCACCUUCUCUAAGUUCGAGGAGAAGAAAACCAACGAGAAAACUCGCAAAGUCACCACUGUGAAGAAGUUCUUCAGUCCCUCUUCCCGCACAGCACCUAAAAAAGAGAGCCAUGAGGGAAAGACUCCAAGCCCCUCCAUCACCCGUCAGUCCAGCAUCGAGACCGAUCGCGUGUCACGAGACUUUAUGGACUUCCUGAAGACAUUGCAGAAGCAUGCCGGCAAAGAGAUCCACAAGCAGAGCCGUGCUUUUAUAGACAGCAUGGGAAAUAAAAGGGAUCUUGGCGUAGAGGAGUUAUCAGAGUGCGCUCAGGACUUCUACCAAAACAUCUCGGACCGUCUCAUGAAUCAUUAUAAAGGUUCCUCUGAAAAGGUGGACAGGGUGAUGGACCAGGUGGAAAAAUACAUCAUGACUCGACUGUAUAAAAGCGUCUUCUGUCCAGAGACUACUGAUGAUGAGAAAAAAGACCUGGCCACCCAGCACAGGAUUCGGGCGUUGCACUGGGUAACCAUUCAGAUGCUGUGUGUUCCUGUGGAUGAAGAGAUCCCUGAGGUGUCUGAUAGUGUGGUCAAAGCUAUCACAGAUAUCAUUGAGAUGGACUCAAAGCGUGUGCCGAGGGAUAAGCUGGCCUGCAUUACCAGCUGCAGUAAGCAUAUCUUCAACGCCAUCAGGGUUACUAAGAAUGAACCAGCCUCUGCAGAUGACUUCCUGCCUACCCUCAUCUUUAUCGUGUUGAAGGCCAAUCCACCCCGGCUGCAGUCAAACAUCCAGUACAUCACACGCUUCUGCAUCCCCUCGAGACUUAUGACGGGAGAGGAUGGAUACUACUUUACCAACUUGUGCUGUGCUGUUGCCUUCAUAGAGAAACUGGACGCCCAGUCAUUGAAUCUUAGCCCUGAGGACUUUGAGCGCUACAUGUCCGGUCAGGCUUCCCCUCAAAGGCCAGAUGAUCCAGCAGCCUGGCCCCAGACCGGCUCCAAUAUUAACCCUGUGGUUAGCCAGAUCCAUCAAAAUCAAAGCAUCCUAUCCAACCUAGAAAAAAGACAGCAGCAGGUCAUAGAGGUGGCAAACAGCCUCCAGACCGAACUGGCAGAAUGGCAGGACAGCGUGGCCCGUGAGGUCCAGCAGAUCUUGGAGAGAUACCCAUUGGAAAUCAAACCACGAGCAUCUGCGAUUGAUGCAGAAAAUGUGGAAAACGACAGGUUACCACCCCCUCUGCAGCCCCAAGUGUUUGCUGGAUAGAAAACUAAUCUUGGUUGAUAAGCAAAUCUUAAUGCUUACCUUACUCAUUCCAAGAAGGCCAAAAUGUGUUUUUAAAUGAAAUGGCUGCUUUGUCCAAGAUCUCUUACUACCUGUAAUGUAUGAAAACAGGGAUGUUACCAAUACAUCAGAAAUCCUUAUCUGUUUCCUAAAAAAUGUUUGUAGGAUUGAAGUUAUGUAGCCGAGUUCGAAAGGAAAAGGCGGCGCUUGAGAGACUAAAGCUUUAAAAAACUGUCACUAACUUGAUCAACAAUUAAAUACUUUAGCUGUUUUAAAUAACAGAAAGUAGCUGCUAAUAUGUAGUCUUAAUCAGUUUUGAUGUGCAACAUAUCAGCUUUUCCCACGCAGAUAAGUCCAUUUCACUGUAGGUUGAUGUUUCCCCACCUUCUGUAUGAAGGUGAUUACUGUGAUCUUUUUUAUGGGUGUAUAAAAUGAACUUGUGCUUGAACUGCAUAAUGAAAACAAUGACGUUAAACCCCAUACAAACUGUUUCCUAACUGUAGCUUUUAAAGUACCUUUGGUGUGUCACAAACGCUUGAUGUAUAAACUUCUAUGGUACCUUUCGAUGAUGGUCAUUCUUAAAUGCCAGGUCAUGUUACCGAUCAGCAAUACUACUGUGCAGAUAUUUGGAGAAUUAACACUAUUUAAUAGGUAUUUGUUUGCAAAACAAAAUUAAUUAUUGGUGUGAAUACAUAUCUGCACAUUUUUUCCAACUAGAUGUUCAAUUCUGUAAUGGAAUCAAAGGAUGUACAUACUUUGGAAAAUAACCACUCCUAAAGCAAGACGGACGUGGCAUUAAUAUAUUUGGCAUUAAAUGUCAGCUUUGCAGAAAACUGUUUAAAUGUGAUGAAGUUUUAAUUUGAAACAAUGUCCCCACUUUAACAGGUACUUAACAUUAAACUUGUGUGGAAAUUA